UUCAGCUCACUUCACCAGUUUCUCAACAUCUCCAUCAUGUCCUUCAGUGCUGACCAGACUGCUGACUUCAAGGAGGCUUUCCUCCUUUUUGACAGGACUGGCAAAAGCAAGAUCACACUAAGCCAAGUUGGUGAUGUGCUUCAUGCUCUAGGUACCAACCCAACCAAUGCAGAGGUCAAGAAGGUUCUGGGAAACCCCAGCAAUGAAGAAGUGAAUGCCAAGAAAAUCGAGUUUGAGCAGUUCUUGCCCAUGAUGCAGGCUAUUUCCAACAAUAAGGACCAGGGAAGUUAUGAAGACUUUGUUGAGGGGCUGCGUGUCUUUGACAAAGAGGGCAAUGGAACAGUCAUGGGUGCUGAACUUCAUCAUGUGCUAGCUACAUUGGGUGAAAAGAUGAAGGAAGAGGAGGUAGAAGCCCUGAUGGCAGGUCAAGAAGACUCCAAUGGCUGCAUUAACUAUGAAGCCUUUGUCAAACACAUCAUGUCCAUAUAAAUGGAACUCUCAAGAACAAGAGAUCUCUAUGAAGACUGACUGGAAACUAAGCCAUAAACUUUAGGAACAUUCAUACUCAACUCUCCAGAUCAGUUGACCAACAAGACAAGAGAAACCAAAGAAAUUUGGACUAUGUUAUAUUGAAGGCCUCCCCAAUUUUUUAUGUGCCUUUCUCUUUUCCUUCUGAAUGCGCAAACUAUGUCUCUACUACACAAGGUAGAUGUUUGCAGAAGUAAACAACUUGGACAAAGUUUCUACAGGUCUCAAGUCUGAGUUAUCUCUCUUUCUAUGCUAUCUACCACGGGUAGAUGUGUACCCUUGAAAGAAUGAAACAAUCAAUAAAUCACUUUGGUCAGUCAAAAAAAAA